AUGGAUGUGUCAAUGAAAAGUUCAGAUUUAUCAGAUUAUGAUGACAUCACUGAUAUUUCAAAUGAUGAAGCAGAAGAUUCUUUAAAUGUGCAAGUUUUAGAAAAAAAUACAACACACAUUUGCAAUUCUAUUGAGGAAGCUUCAAAAUGUCUUGUUUUAGAUAAUGAACAAAACAACAUAUUAGAUAACAUGUACAUUUACAUUUGUGAUUCUGUGGAAGAAGCUGAUCUAUGUCUUCAAAAUUAUGAGAUAUAUAAUUCUGUUCGGUUUGCUGCCUUUUCAACCCCAAAGAACUUUGGUAAUACAGGUAUUUGAAUCAGUAUA